AUGUCCGUGACACUGGCGGACACUUACCGCAGCCAUGCCAUCAACUUUCCCUCACCGGCUAAGCAUGAUGACCAUGGCUUGAUUGCAUAUGAUUCAUCCGAGUCGGAGCUGCGUGACAAGCUGAGCGGAGCUGUGUAUGGAACCGACAAUAUCCCCUCUCUGUUUAAUGGACAACCGCCUACGACAGAUUCGAUACUCCCUCAUCCCAUACCUCAAACUAGAGAUGACCCUUUACCCCAUUCAACAUAUUCGCCUUCAUCGUCGCAACAGCUGCCUCAACUCCCGACGUACGGCUACGAUUUAUCAGGUCCACUUAACAGCCCCAGAGGCCAAUUUCGAUCAAGAAGCACUCGAAACGAUGGUCACAUCCCACCGCAGUUUCCGGCUUUGGCAUCUCUCCUUAUAAAUACUAACUCUUCGGUUACAGAACCUGGCAUUCUACUUGAUCCUUCGUUGCACCAGCCUCCUAGCUCGAUAUAUGACCCAGCGAUGUCCCAUAACACCCUCUUGAAAAUUUCUCUACCAGAGAAGCAUCAUCACACGCUCCCACAGUCAAUGGAUUCUGACAAUAUGGAUGAUGAUAUUGCUAGACAAACAAGGCCACCGAAUGUAGUGGGAUAUAUGGGAAUGCCCGCACCUGCUCCUCGCCCCAAAGCUCCCAAGACAAGAUUUACCGCAGCAGAGGAUGCGUUACUCGUGCAUCUCAAGGAGGACAAGAAAUUGACCUGGCUACAAAUCCAAGACUUCUUUCCGGGUCGAACGCACAAUACUUUGCAGGUCCGCUACUGCCAAAGAUUAAAAACGAAGGAUGUAAGCUGGACGGAUGAGAAGGUCAGUGUUUUACUCCACCCAACGACCGCAACCCUUUCCAAUCCAUCGAACAAGAUGUACUGA